UCAGUGGAGACUCAUUGUUGUUGUUUUAAAUUAGAUAAGUCGGUGGAAAGAAAUACAUUUAAUAAAAUGAACAGAAUUUGCCAAACAUUGUUGCGUCAGAGCUACGCGCGUGCCCCACUAGCCGGCAACCAUGCGGCGGCCACUGCAGCACGUUCCAUGCGCUGGUACAGCGCCGAUGCCACCCCACCGGCAUCCGCGGCCGAUGUUGUGGACAAAUCCACGCUCGAGAAACUGGUGCGCACCAACAAGGUGGUCGUCUUCAUGAAGGGAAAUCCCCAGGCACCACGCUGCGGCUUCAGCAACGCCGUUGUGCAGAUCAUGCGUAUGCAUGGCGUACAAUACGACGCCCACGAUGUCCUCCAGAACGAGGCCCUGCGUCAAGGCGUCAAGGAGUACACUGACUGGCCCACCAUCCCCCAGGUGUUCAUCGAUGGCGAGUUCGUUGGCGGCUGUGACAUUUUGCUGCAAUUGCAUCAAAGCGGAGAUCUGAUUGAGGAGCUGAAGAAGGUCGGCAUUAUCUCCGAGCUGCUGAAGGCAGAGGAGGCCAAGCAGGAGCCCAAUGCGGAGGAAAAGAAAAAGUAGUGCCCGGCAGAUCAUCCAAACAUCAAACACCUCCCCCUACAAACCUAAUUGUUAGCAAUUGUUUAUUAUUAAAUGUUUAACUGAUACAGAGACUAA